UCAGGCUGCCCACUGGCCAGCUCAAUAAAGGCGGAAGCGGUCGCCAGGGCCCUUUCGGCGGCACCGGGUUGACGUGGGCUCCGGGAGCGGCGGGAGCUGUCGGGCCGGGACCAUGUUAAGUGUGCCUGAGAAUACACCUUUCACAGCUGUCUUGAAAUUUGCUGCAGAAGAGUUCAAAGUUCCUGCAGCUACAAGUGCCAUUAUAACAAAUGAUGGAAUAGGAAUCAACCCUGCACAGACAGCAGGAAAUGUUUUCCUAAAGCAUGGUUCAGAACUACGGCUUAUUCCCAGAGAUCGUGUUGGAAGCUGUUAGCAACUACUGAUAGCAUCAUGCUAAUGAGUUAAUUGUCAUAUUUAUUUUGGAAGUCUACAGUACAACUAAAGAAUUUGCCUUUUUAAAGUUAUGUAAAAUCACUUCCUGGGUUUAAAUAUAUUAAUUGAAAUAUAAUUUACAUUACCUUUCCCUGAACCUUCCUCAAGUUGUAGAAGAAUGGUUUGAUUUAAUGCUAUAUUCUUGGAAAGAAGAUGGAUGUCUUAGGAAAUGUUAUUGAAAGCAAAAUGACAGACCUUGACAAUGGAAACAUCCAAUAGCUAUCAAUAGAUAAAUAACAGAACCCCUUAUUGUGGGGGUUAGUUUUGUAGAAGGAGAAGCUGUGCAGGAUUUUCUGGGAAGAAAACAUGUAGGAGAAAAAAAAAUUCACUACUGAAAAACCUAAAAGCAUCAUUUUACACUAUGAAUUAUGCAUUCUGUAUAUUUGCAGAAUCUAAGGCAUUUUGCUCCACAGUUAAAUAUUUCAGUUCAAAUAGAAUGGAAACUUCAAAUUGCCCUAUUACUGAAAUAUGUAGACAACAUCUAAAUGCUGUAAAUAUGUGGUAUAAUUUAAGAUACUGAAAAAUAUUUAGUUAAAGAAAACAUUUACUUUUUGUUAAAUCUUUAGUUGAGCUUUAUUGGUCAAACAAAUCUUAAUUUUUUUUUACUGAAACUGAAUUUAAUAUAACUUAAUAAAGUGCCAUCAGCCCAAACAUGUUGCUAACUCAGAGAUAUUGGGGAUCCUAUGAACUAUGUUGAUAUGUCACAUUCCUUUAUUAGCAAGCUAAUAUUGUUUCUGUGUAAAAGUCUUAGUUUCUUUCUUAUGUUACAGGGGAAAGUAUUCGAAUCACUUGUGUGCAUGCAUUAAGCAUUUUUUAUAAAUUAUCACAAGGUAAAUUGUUAAUAACUGUGGACCCUUAUAAAAGAAACUAGUGCAACUUGUUUUUAACGAGUAAAAAUAUUCUGUAAGGUAUUACGCAUUUUGUCAGAUAAAUUGCAUUUUAUCUACCCGUAAAACUGAGGUUACAGAAAGUCAGACAAUAAACUGUAAUGCUUGGUAAAACAAGUAUUUGUCAUGAUGUCUUUAGCCCAUGAGCCAAAAGAGACCUAGAAAGGAUUCAAAAGGUUGGUAUUAUAGGGUCUUUUGAGUCUCCCUUCCGAGUGAAGAUCUGCAUGAAGACCUGCAUGUGGGAGGCUCCCGUAUCUGAAAGGGGUGUUUUGGGCCUGUGAAUUUUUCAGCUGUAUCUUAAAGCAGUAGUUUUAUUUUUGUUUCUCUUAUCAGAAACACCCCCCCCCCCCCCAAUAUUUGGGGAAUAAAGAGCAAAAAGGAUUGUUGGGGGGUGCGGGGGAGGUUGAGGCAUCUUAUGUUCCUUUACUUACUUGCCUAAUUAGAUUGUGGCAAUAAAUUAGAAAUUGUGCCCUUUGACCUUUUAAUCAACAUACUGUGAAAUUUAUUUUAAACCAAGAAUGAACAAUGAAUUGUAAAGCAUGAUGAUUUAAGGGCAAAGGGCAUAGUUUCUAUUAAUCCAUUGCCACAGUAUAAUUGGAAUGAACAGAAUUAAUUGCUUCUAAUUAUUGUCUGCAAGACUGUUUAGCUGGAUAACUGCUGGGGGACUAUCUGGGCCACAGAAUAUAACAUAUGGUUGAAAUUUUAUUUUUCUGUACAAAGGUACAAUACUUCUUUGCAAAGCAAAGUAAAUUCCAGUGUACUUUGGAAGUCUCUGUGGUAUUUUGAUGUUUAAUAUAAAAGCCAGAUAGCUAAAAGUAAUUUCAGUUAUAAAUACGCUCAAGACAUUCACUGGUAUACAGUAAAAGAGGGGAUUGACAUUUCAAGUUGUAAGUAAAAAAAAUUAAAUAAUGUGGAAAGGAUCCCACCAAUGUAAAAAAAUAAAGGAUCUACUUUGUGAAUAUUAUGUACUGCCUCAGCAUGUUGUCUGUUGUAUGGACGUAACACUCUUUACUGUUAAAACAACUACUGUGCAUCGGUUGUAAAAGGUUUGUACUUGCAGACUGAUUUCAAGCAGCUUUCCGGUUUAUCUUGAACACUGUGUGUGAUGCUGGCUGUAAGGGAAAAAGCAAAAACACGUAUAAGGCCAAACUUCUAAGGGAUCAACCUCCCCAAACUGGGUGAGAGUUUUCAAAAGACCUUGGUACUCAGCAGAUCCUACUGCAGCAUCUCUGGACUGAUUUUUAAAGAGUACUUUUGAAAAUUGACUCCACUUAGGGUGCUGACCUCUUCCAAAAACUAGACUUUAGGGUAAAGCCAAAGGAGUAAACUAAAAUGACUACCAUUGGUUUAACUAGCCUUUAAACAUUUGGCAAACAGACACAUGAUGUGAAUUCUUGGACUGAUAUUUCUUUGCAUAGAACUAACAUUUUUUGCCAUAGAAAAGUAUUCCUAACAUUCAUAUUCUUAAAUUCUAAAGAAACUUAUAUGGGAAAUAUUGGGUACAUUUUAGGACCUGCUGUUAGCUUUAUUGUCAGCAGAGCUAAAGCUACUAAUGUUCAUAGUCCUCAUUGUCUCUACCUUUUUCACCAGUAUGUUCUCACUUCAUAGGGUCCAACUACAACUAAAAACCUGUUCAGUCUUCUGAGAGAAAAAGACCUUUGAGCCUCAUGCUCCUUUUGCUAGAAAAUCACAAAAAGUCUGGGACUACAGCUCUUGGUGUUCAGAGGUUAGACAUGUUUUCAACACCAACUUCCCUCUGCCAGUCCAAGAAAUAAAAAAUAGUCAGGAUGACAGAAGCAACUUGUGCUGGUGAGAGUAAUGAAUGACAGUGACUGAAGGUUUUGGAUACAGAUCAGUCCUUCAUGUGCAAUGUGCAGAUAGCAGUCAAAUUGAACCAACAUAGUGGGACAAGAUGAAACUCAAUCCUUGAAUUUGUGUCUUAAGAUCCCAUUUCAGCAAUAUUGACAUUAGCUAUAUUUUAAUGGGUGAAAUUCAUCCUAUUAACUGGGACUGCCUAAGACCUACAUCAUAUUUUUGUGGACUUAAAUAAACACCCGUGUAAAGACAAGCAACAGAAUAAGGACUGCAUACUGCAAUGAUGAGUUUAUCCACUGCUACCCUUAAGAAGAAGCAGGUUCAAUCAUUGCUUUUAAAAAUAUACCCUAGCAUUGCCCUACCUACCCAUUAGUGUUUGAACAUAUAUUUGUAUAGCACAGGAUACAAAGCUCCCAGAGCUCAGUUUGAAGCUUACAAGUACUAGAGGAACUUGUAUAGAUUAGGGAAAAUUUGCUAUUCCUGCACCAUAUAGCUGUAUUUGAGUUCACCUAUUUCAGCUUGCUGGUAGCAGGUUUCAUCAGUUCUUGCAGUCAGCUUUGACAUUUCAUAUUCUUAAUGUAUUUGUCUGUAAGCAACAAAUAAUACAGGCUGGUAUUUGAGAAAAGAACUAAAUUCCUUUUAAGAAUUUCUGCUUAUAUACUUUGCUUCUUCCCACAGUGGUUAAAAAACCCCCUGGAAGGAUAGUUUAAAGAGAUCUAAAAUACGUAACCAUUUUAUUACAAAGCCUAGUUGCUGCACAGCCCUCUUUAUUAGGAUGAAGCAGCUCUCAAAGAGGAAUACUAGAAACUGGACUGAUGCUGCAGUUCUCCAUGGAAAUAAAUUGGAGGAAUUCUCUGGCCCAGGCUAUGGGAGAACAACAGAAGUGCUAUGUAAUCAUCGUUACCAGCCUUGGGGCAGGGCUUUCUCGCCAAGAGACGCAGUUUAUGGAUUGAAACAGUAGUGGAUCCACUAGCCUUGUCCUAAAAUAAUCUAUGCAUGAACAAGCAGGGACAUCUUGCAGAGAUAAGCUUGGUGGUAGGAACAGGGUGCUGACCCUGAAAUCAAUGCCCCUCCAAUCCCAGACAGGUUGACAAGCGGUUUUUCCACUGUGCCUGGAACUGUCUGUGCCCAUGGACAGAAUGGAAAGAUUCUAUGGAUUCUAUGGAAGGCUCAGAGAGGGUUGAAUGUUAAUAAAAUUGUAAGAUAUAAAGAAAAAUAUUUGUGAGGAAAAUGCUUUGUCUUGUACUAUUAAGUCACUUUACAAUUAUAGGCUCAUUUUCCAUGUCAGUUCAUUGCAAGCUGUAGGGUUUUAAUAGAUAUAUGCUAUCAAAUCAUUAUGACUUACCUGUCUUAUAAUUUACAACUGGAGAGCUAUAUACAUUUUUCAGGAAUUGGUAUGAGAGAUGUAUCAUGGAGAGUGUAUCAUUUGUGUUUGGUGUACCUCAAUUAUUAUGAUCCAUCACCUGGAAUAUCCUUGUAUUAUUUUACUUUUCAUGUUUUAAUAUCAGAACAUAUUACAAGUUU